AUGAUGGAGGUGACCAACGGCAGCUCUGGAGGAGACUUCAUCUUUAUGGGCUUCUCUGACCAGCCCCAACUAGAGAUGGUCCUAUUUGUGCUUAUCUUGAUUUCCUACCUCCUAACCCUUCUAGGCAACACAACCAUUGUUGUAGUGACCCACCUAGACCCCAACCUCCACACACCAAUGUACUUCUUCCUCUCCCAUCUCUCCCUUGUUGACCUCUGUUUCACCACCAGUGUUAUCCCCCAGUUAUUAUGGAACCUCUGGGGACCAUAUAAGACCAUCACAGUUAUAGGCUGUGCAGUCCAACUCGCCGUUGGCCUGGCUCUGGGCUCAACUGAGUGUGUUCUCCUCACAAUCAUGGCCUUUGACCGCUAUGCUGCCAUCUGUCGGCCCCUCCACUACAUGACCGUCAUGCACCCACGGCUCUGUCAAGGCCUGGCAGCCAUGGCGUGGCUGAGUGGCAUGGGCAACAGUGCAAUCCAGAGCACCAUCACGCUCCGCCUGCCCCGAUGUGGCAACCGGCAUAUUCCUAACUUUGCUUGUGAGGUGCCCACCAUGAUCAAACUGGCAUGUGUGGCUAUCCGAGUCAAUAAGGUAGUGCUUUUCAUUGCCACCUUGAUCCUGGCCCUUCUGCCCAUUGCUCUGAUUGUGGUCUCCUACGGGUUCAUUGCCAGAACUGCACUAAGGAUCAAGUCAGCCCAUGCCUGGCGAAAAUCCCUGGGCACCUGUGGGUCCCAUCUGCUGGUGGUGACUCUUUUCUUUGGUAUGACCUCGGUCAUCUACAUCCAUCCCAACAGCUCCUUCUCCAAGAGUUCAGGAAAGUUCCUGACCCUCUUCUACACAGUGAUCACCCCCACGCUCAACCCACUCAUCUAUACCCUGAGGAACAAGGACAUGAUAGGAGCACUCAGAAGGCUUUUGGGAAAAGACCAAAGUUCAGGAAAGACCUGA